UACUAAAACCUAAUCAUAAACCAAAAAGCACUUUACAAAUAAUCAUAAUUUGUUCCUGUACAACGAACAACCCCCCAAAAUAAUUUUACUUCAAAUAAUAAUAGUAAUAUAGUUUCCUUCAAAUAGGUUGCAACUUGAAUCCAUGAUCAAUUUUCCGAUACAUAAGAUCUAUUUAUAAUUUUAUAUGAUUAUUCCAGUCAUUCAUGUCAAGAACGCACGCUUUCAUCUCCGUUUUCUGUGUUCCAAUGCCAAUUCUUUGUUCCAAAGUAACACAAAAAUCACUAGGUGCUUCAGAAAUGGUGACAUUAAAGCUGCACUCCAUGUGUUUGAUGAAAUGCCAGUAAAGAAUAUUGUCACAUGGAACUGUAUGAUAUCUGGGUUUGUUAAAAAUGGGAUGGUUUUUGAUGCCCGCAAGGUGUUUGAUGAAAUGCCGAACAGAAACGUUGUGUCUUGGACUGCAAUGUUGGAUGGGUAUGCUAAGUGUGGGAGAUUGGAUGAGUCCAGAGCUUUGUUUGAUGCUAUGACUGAUAAGAAUGUGGUGUGUUGGAAUGCUAUGCUUUCUGGGUAUGUGACGAACGGGCGAAUGGAUGAAGCGAGAAGCUUGUUUGACGAGAUUCUUGUGAAGAAUUCGGUAACGUGGGCUACGGUUAUUGAAGGGUGGUUUCGCCAGGGGCGUGUAGAUGAAGCGAGAAACUUAUUUGAUGAUUGCCCUUUUGAUGAUGUUUUAGUUAAUAAUACGAUGUUGGUCGGUUAUGCUGAGAUGGGAGAUCUCGAAUCGUUGUGGACAUUAUUUGGUACGAUGCGUGAGCGUGAUGUGGCAUCGUGGACGACUGUCAUACGUUGUUUUACAAAAUCUGGGAAGAUGGUGAUGGCCCGGAAGUUGUUUGAUGAUAUGCCUGCAAAAGAUGUAAUCGUGUGGACCGUAAUGAUUCAAGGUUAUGUAAAAAAUAACCAGAUCGAAGAUGCGCGUAAACUGUUUGAUGAAAUGCCUAACCGAGAUAUAGUUGUGUGGAACUCGAUCAUGAGUGGGUACGUUAAAAACAAGAAUUUAGAACAAGCUCUUGAGCUUUUUAAUAAGAUGCCAAAGCGCAAUAUAGUGUCGUGGAACACGAUUCUUCAAGGGUAUGUUCAGGAACACGAUAUGCUAAAUGCUCGAAUCUUUUUCAACAAGAUUCCCGUUAAAGAUCAAACCACUUGGAACAUAAUGAUUUGUGGGUUUCAGAGUGGUGAGGCUUUCGAUCUUUACUACCAAAUGCUGCAGACCAGAAUCAAACCCGAUCAAGUGACGUUCACCGGUUUAAUAUCCGUUUGCGGGUCACUUGCUGUACAUGGUUGGGGGAAAGCAAUGCACUCAUGUGCGAUCAAAUACGCGUACGUCAACGAUUCGACGGUUGUUAGUUCAUUAAUAUCGAUGUACUCCAAAUGCGGUUUUAUGGACGAUGCUACAAUAAUCUUCGAGACAACGAUAAAAAAGGAUACCGUUUUAUGGAACGCGAUGAUUGCGGCACAUUCGUAUCACGGGUCGGCUUUAAACGCGCUAAAACUAUUCUCUUCCAUGACCGAAUCCGGAUAUCGACCCGACCAUUUAACGUUUCUAGGUUUAUUAACCGGCUGUGCUCAUUCAGGUAUGGUCAAAGAGAGCUGGGAAUGCUUCAAAUCAAUGGAAAAAAACUGGAAAAUACAUCCGACGGCUGAACAUUACGCAUGCAUGAUUGACAUUCUCGGUAGAAGCGGGAUGUUAACCGAAGCGUAUGAAUUGGUUAAACAGUUGCCGGUUGAGCUUCCGUCAUAUACAUGGGAAACAUUGUUGAGUUGUUGUCGGGUCCAUGAGAAUUUUGAGUUGGGUGAAUUGGUGGGACGAAAGCUUGUUGGUACUCGCGAUUUGAAUGCGGGCAUUGGUGUGCUUCGUUCGAACAUUUAUGCUGCAAGAGGUAUGUGGGAUGAUGCGGCUAAUGUUAGAACGUUGUUGGCACAUCGCGGCGUAAGAAAAGAUGUCGCGUGUAGUUGGAUUGAGUUGAAGGGUCGGGUUUUUCGGUUUGUUUAUAAUGAUAGAUCUCAUAGCGAAUUGGAGGAGUUGCACAAAAUGUUGGAGAGCCUGUCUGCUGCAAUGGAGAUUUAUGGGUAAGUAGAGAUUUUUGGGCGGGUUUUUCGGUUUGUUUAUAAUGAUAGAUCUCACAGCCAAUUGGACUAGUUUCAAAUGCUUGUUAAAACAGGUGAGGUGAAGUGGCUCGUAUAAAUUUAUGACGUUUUUUCAAGGUUUUCAGAACCGGAUCAACCGAUCGGACCAUGAAACGGGUACAUAACCGGUCCAGUUGAGUCGUCGGACCAAUAGAAAUGGCAAACAACGCUGGGUGGUUGCACCCGAUUUUGCUAUUUAAGAGUUUGCAACUUAAGUGAAUUUCACCGUUAUAGGUACAACUAUUUCAUGCAAGAUUACCGUGUCUAAUUGUGUAGUGAAUUUCACAAUUUAGGAGGUUGCAA